AUGCUAUAUCUCAUCAGUUAUCCUGAUCUGAAUCGCCAAUAUCAAGACAGUCACCUUCUUACCCUUCCGGCUUCAUCUAAGUCUGAUUCGUCUUUUGGACCUAGUCUUUCGCAACCUCAUCUUCUGCCUGACUCGAAGUCACGCAUUUCGAAACCAUCGUCUCAAGUCGGUUCGAGUAUUGUUGAUCGCACCUCUGCGGAAGUGCGAGCUCUUCCAGCACGUACUAGUUCUUCACAGUCUUUUGGUUUUUCUGACCAGUCUAUCGCCUCUGUAUCCUCCUUCAGUCCACCUAACGAUCCUAGUACAUGCAGACAACAACCAGAGUCCCCCACUUCCUGUUCAAUAAAAGCGAAAGCAGAAGCCGAUUCGGAGCUUACAUUGAAUAUGGCCUCCAUAAAUUUAAACGAUUUGCGAAACCUAAAACCCAAAACAACGGCUGAUAAUGCUUCUUAUCUUCUUGCUGUUGGUUGUCCAAAGGUAGCAUUUUUUCUCCCGUAUCUUUUUUAA